AUGUCCAUGGUGCCCUACGUUCUUCCAUCUCGGGUGUUGCAUAUUCGUGGACUACCUGCAGACACAUCGGAAACCGAGAUUGUGAAACUGGCGAUGCCGUUUGGGCCGAUUGCUAACUUCGUCCUCACAAAGAAGACAGGGCAGGUGAGGAUCCGUGUGUUUGUAUGCGCCUAA